AUGACUUACUUCUUCUUUCUGGAUCUAUCUAUCUAUCUAUCUAUCUAUCUAUCUAUCUAUCUAUCUAUCAAAGUUUGUUCUUUAUCUAUCUAUCUCUUUAUCUAUCUAUCUAUCUAUCUAUCUAUCUAUCUAUCUCAAUGUGAAGAUCAUCUAUCUAUCUAUCUAUCUAUCUAUCUAUCUAUCUAUCUAUCUAUCUUCAGAUCUAUUUCUCAUAAUCUAUCUAUCUAUCUAUCUAUCUAUCUAUCUAUCUAUCUAUCUAUCUAUCUACUUAUGUCUUAUACUUUCAAUUCAUUCAUUUUCGUCAUUCUUUCUUCUUUCUUUCUUUCUUUUUUAUUUCAUUUUUUUUCUUUCAUUUCUUCUUUUUCUCUUUUACCUUUCUUUCUUUCUUUCUCCUUCUUUCUUUUUUUUCUUUCUUUUCUUUCUUUUUCCUUUCAUUUUUCUUUUUCUUUUCUUUGUUCUGUUUUUUUCGUUUCUUUUCUUGUUUCUUUCUUUCUUUCCUUCUCCUUCGGUUCUCUUUUUUAUUCUUUUCUUCUUUCUUUCUUUCUUUUUUUUUUAUUAUUUUCUUUUUCUUUCAUUAUUUAA